AUGACAGUUCCAAAUAAUUUCAUUGUUUUCUGCCUGAUCGCUUCAAUUGCACUGAUCAACAAAAUUUGCAAUGGAGCAUCCACAGAUAUUGAACUUGAUGCCAAAGCACAAUUUUUACAUCGUCUUGACAGUAUCAAUCUGUUAAUUUACACAUUUUUACUAACACUCACCGUUUUGACUAUCUGGACAUUUAAACAUCGCAGAUUAAGAUUUCUUCAUGAAACGGGUCUUGCUGUAAUUUAUGGUCUAAUUGUUGGAGCGAUUAUCCGAUACGCAUUAAGGACAACUGAUGGAAAAAACACGAUCCAUCAUAUGCCAGUUGUGACAGAUACCGAGCACAGCAGAUACAACCAGUCAGUACCACCAGACUCCUUGUGGCUUCGUUUUCCUGAAGACAAAGGAGGCGGUCAUAUUAAAAAUAAAACUUUUUCUUACUCGUUUAGAGGAGAAAUUUAUAGAGAAGAAGAUGAAAUUUACUAUAUGGCUACAUUUGAUCCAGAGGUAUUUUUCAAUAUCAUAUUACCUCCGAUAAUAUUUCACGCUGGUUAUAGUUUGAAACGAAAAUAUUUUUUCCGUAAUCUCGGUGCCAUUCUGAUGUUUGCUCUUAUAGGUACUACAAUUUCAUCAGUAGUUAUUGGAUUGUUAAUGUAUGGAUUUUUCAAACUAGUACCAAAUAUAUCCGAGUCGUUUGGAUUUCUCGAUACGCUGUAUUUCGGAGCGUUGAUAUCACCGACAGACCCAUUGACAAUAAUAUCAAUUUUUAAUGAUCUACAUGUCGAUGUUAAUUUAUAUGCUUUAGUUUUUGGUGAGAGUGUUUUGAAUGAUGCGGUAGCUAUAGUAUUAAGUGGGUCAAUUCAAAAUUAUGGAGCGAGAUAUCAAACAGGAACUGGUGGCUUUGAAACUCUAGCGUUCUUCCAAGCACUGAGUGAUUUUCUUCGCAUAUUCGGAUUAUCAUUAUUGAUUGGCGCAACAAUGGGUUGUGUCACUGCGCUACUGACGAAAUUCACGCGGGUACGUGAUUUUCCGCUGCUGGAGUCAGCCUUAUUCGUUUUGAUGUCAUACAGCACAUUUUUAAUCGCCGAAGCCGCUGAUUUAACCGGUAUCGUAGCGGUGCUUUUCUGCGGUAUCUGCCAAGCUCAUUAUACCUACAACAACCUGAGCAUAGAGUCGCGACAGCGCACGAAACAGCUGUUUGAGCUCCUAACUUUCCUCGCCGAAAACUUCAUAUUCAGCUACAUCGGAGUAUCGAUGUUUACGUUCCCUAAACAUCGCUUUGAGCCGGGAUUCAUCAUCGUGGGAUUCAUUUGCGCGCUGAUAGGCCGUGCAGCAAAUGUUUACCCUCUGUCGUUUAUUCUCAACUUAGCACGCAAACCCAAAAUUUCGAUGAAUUUUCAACACAUGCUGUUCUGCUCAGGUCUAAGAGGGGCCAUGAGCUUUGCCUUAGCAAUAAGAAAUACUGUCUCCGACGCACGACAAUCAAUGUUAACAACUACAAGUCUUAUUGUUAUCCUUACUGUUAUACUUCAAGGUGGUAUGACCACACAAUUCCUUAGUUGGUUUAAAAUUCCAAUCGGCGUAGACGAAGAAAUAGAAGGACUUACUUCAUCAACAUCCGCCACUCAUGGUCAAGUUAGACAUACUAGUGGCGUCGACAGUGCAUGUGGAUACGCUUGCGAUGGAAAUCUGCAGCUACAUCGAGGCCAAAGUCCUCCGUACAAUUCGAUGCAGGAUAAUUGCUCACAGGGAGACGCGGGCAGUACGGGUGGAAGUGGUCCGAAUUUAUCAGGACACAAGGCAUCUUCCUCCUCGUGGUCACCGCCAAAUGAAAAGGCUUUCCUAGCGAGAGUUUGGGGUGACUUUGACACCCGCUACAUGAAACCACUUCUCACACACUCACGGCCAACUCUGCUGGAGACUUUGCCGGUUUGCUGUACACCUCUUGCUAGACUUCUUACCACAGCUCAGCAAUUAUCUCAGGAGGAAUUAAAUAACGUGAGAAGAGUUGAUUCAGAUUCAGAUUUAUGUCUAGCACACUCGCAUCAGCGCGAUCAGGUAGGAGGGGGGGCAGGUGACUGGAAUACCGGGAGUCUUGAACCGGUAAGUUUUCACCAGUCAAAUAAUUUAAAUUACACUGUUAACCCCUGCUACCAGCCAAAUAAUAAUUCUGAAUUUUCUAACUCAACUACAACUACAACAACUGAUGAACCUUAUUCAUUUGACGCAGUACCUAGCCAUCAUACACUGCCUUACUUUAAACAUAGGUCCAUGCCCAGGUACUAUAUAAUCAGCGGACUUGAUAAUCAUCAGGCGAUUUUUAGCCUGGAUUUUCUCCAGUUCUUUUUUGCCUACCGACUUCCAUAUUUCUGGAUCAGCGAUGUCCGCUUCUUUUUCAAAUAA